AGAUAAAACAUUUGGCAUAUCUUUAAUUUAAGAUUACAAAACUCAAAAUAUUUGUACUUUGAAAUGUAAGAUGAGACCACAUAUAAUGCACUCUUAUUGUCCGAUCCUUCCUAGACUCCAAACAUAGCUGAAGCUUUAGUGGAACAGGUGCACUUUUAACAAUACAUGUAGCUUAAAGUCUUAAUGCAAAGCACAUGAAAACAGGCCAAACCCAAUCGACACAGCAACUAUAAAAUGACUUUUGUGUAUAACUCAAAAAUGUUUACUCUUCUUCGAUGUUCAUUGACAUGACAAGCAGCAGCCACCUUCAAAAAUGAAUUUAGGAGUCUAUUGGUUGCCUGUUGAAUAAAGAGAGUAACCAGUUGAUGGAUAUACUGUCUUUAUUUUGCCUUUUCAUUGAACACACAAAUGUUGCAGCUGCAGAAGCCAAUAUAAUCAGUACACAUUUCUAUGUCUCUUUCAAGGAAUCACAGAGAGAAACAGUAUAUUUAUCCACCUCUUGAUGUCAUCAGUGUCAAUUCUUGACCUACCAAUUCCACUUCUGAGCAAAAUAAGGAAUUUUUCCUCAUACGGCGACUUUUCUCCUUGGAAAAUUAACAUUAUGUGUAAAUCUGGAAAACAAUGGAUAGAUGUGAUGGUCGUCAAAAACUGCGAAUACCAUACCUAUAGAUCAACCAUUGACAGAUGGAAACACAAUCAUUUCAUCAGGAGGAAAGUUUGAGCUGGGAUUUUUCUCCCCUGGCACAUCCAGGAAACGGUACGUUGGAAUAUGGUUCAGCAAAGUUUCUAUACAGACAGUGGUAUGGGUUGCUAAUGGAGACAGUCCACUAAAUGAUAGAGAUGGCAUGCUAAACUUUACAAAACAAGGUACGCUUACUCUUCUUAAUGGUUCUGGUCUUGUCGUGUGGUCCUCCAACAUCACCAGGCACGUGCAAAAUCCAAUAGCCCAGCUUCUGGAUUCAGGAAAUCUUGUAGUUAGAGAUGCAACUGUGAAUUAUUACUUGUGGCAGAGUUUCGACUAUCCCAGUGACACAGAAUUGCCUGGAAUGAAGCUUGGGAUCAAUCUCAAGACUGGUUUCCAUCGUUCAUUCUGGUCAUGGAAGAGCAGUAAUGAUCCUUCCCGGGGUGACUUUAAUUGGGCAUUUGAUCCACGUGGAUUCCCAGAACCAUGUAUCAUGAACGGUUCCAUCAUACACUACAGGACUGGACCAUGGAAUGGUCGAGGAUUUGCUACUGCACCAUCCCGGCUACCAACUCCUCAAAAUAUCUAUACAUAUGUAUCUGAUCCGGAGGAAAUAUACUUGACGUAUGAGCCUACAGACAGCUCUAUCAUAACAAGGGUAGUGAUGCAACAAAAUGGGAUUCUACAGCUUUCAGUAUGGAACAAUCAAACUCAGAAUUGGGAUAACUUUGGUAGACAACCAACAGAUAACUGUGACUUUUAUAGCCAGUGUCACUCAUAUGGUUUGUGCAACAAUGGCAUCUCUUCACUCUGCAGAUGUUUGGAUCAUUUUGAACCCAGAAACACAACUGAUUGGGCAAGGGGAAAUUGGUCGGGAGGCUGUGUUAGAAAGACUACAUUGAACUGCCAAAAGGAAGUUAAAUUCUUGAAAUAUUCAGGCAUCAAGUUGCCGGACACUCGUUUUUCCUGGUACAGUCAAGGAGUGAAUCUCAAUACAUGUGAGGAAUUGUGCUUGAGAAACUGUUCGUGUGUGGCCUAUGCAAAUCCAAACAUAACAGCGACAAAUGAAGGCUGCUUGCUUUGGUUUGAUGACUUAAUUGACAUCAGAGAUCUUGGUGCUAGAGGGCAGGAUAUCUAUAUAAAGUUGGACUCUUCCGCGUUAGAGAACUCCACUACAGGGAAAGCAAUGAAACUACGAAUCAUCUUGCCACUGGCAGCAUUGAGCCUUCUCUUAGCACUAUGCAUCAUCUGGUACAUAAGACAAAAGAAGAAGCAUCAGAACGAAGGAGGAGGAAUGAGAUGCUUUGAAAUGUUUUUCACUCGUGAAAGUAAAGACGAAGAACUGGAUUUACCAUUAUUUGAUUUUGCAACUAUAUCUGAUGCUACCAAUAACUUUUCAUUGAAAAACAAGCUUGGAGAGGGUGGAUUUGGACCCGUUUACAGGGGUAUGCAGAAAGGGGGACAAGAAAUUGCUGUCAAGAGGCUUUCAAGAUACUCAGCCCAAGGAACUCAUGAGUUCAAGAAUGAGGUUAUCUUCAUUGCUAAACUCCAGCACCGAAAUCUUGUCAAGCUAAUCGGUUGCUGUAUUCAAGGAGAAGAAAAAAUGUUGAUUUAUGAGUACAUGCCUAAUAAUAGCUUGGAUUGGUUUCUUUUUGAUAGAGAUCGGAGCUCACAGCUUGAUUGGCCUAAGCGCCUUCAUAUUAUUAAUGGAAUUGCGCGAGGACUUCUGUAUCUUCAUCAAGACUCAAGACUGCGGAUAAUCCACAGAGAUCUUAAACCUAGCAAUGUAUUGCUAGACAUUGAUCUGAACCCAAAGAUAUCAGACUUUGGCAUGGCAAGAAGUUUUGGAGAAAAUGAGACUGGAGCCAUGACAACAAGAGUGGUUGGAACAUAUGGCUACAUGUCUCCGGAAUAUGCAUUAGAAGGAAAAUUUUCAGUGAAAUCAGAUGUAUUUAGCUUUGGAGUUCUAGUGCUGGAGAUUGUAAGCGGGAUAAGAAAUAGAGGGUUCUCCCAUCCGGACCAUCACCAUAAUCUUAUAGGACAUGGGUGGAUCCUCUUCAAAGAAGGCAGGAGUUUGGAACUAACAAAUACACAUCUAAGGGAGUCAUGUAACCUAUCUGAAGUGCAAAGAUCAAUCCAUGUAGGUCUAUUGUGUGUGCAGCAGCGUCUGGAAGAUAGACCUAGCAUGUCAUCAGUUGUGCUGAUGUUGUCUAGUGAUGUUCCAUUGUCCGUACCUAAAGAACCAGGUUUUUUUACUGGCAUAAGCCAAUCUACUAACGCUGACAGUUUAUCUAGCAACCCUGGCGAACCUUCUGCGAACAAAUUAAGCAUCACAAUUUUGGAUGCUAGAUAGAUCAAUGUUUGUUUCUACCUUCUUUCAGAAAGAAAGUUAUUGUAUGCUUCUAGAGGCCUUUAUCUACUAAAUGUUUAAUUCACAUAGCUCAAGAACUUCCAGUUGUUUAACUAAAUAGUUUUACUUAAAGGAAAUUGGGUUAUGGUGUACAAUAGCAAAGUGUCUGUCCAGCUCUGAUUCAUCAUAGGACUUACAUUACUUAUGCUGUAUGCCUCCGCGCAAAUCAAGAGUUCUCUGCUUUCUCCAAUGCAAAAAUCAACCGUCGCGAAGACUAAAAGCAUAAGCAUUCACGCUUAUAAACGGAUAUAGAGGAGAAAACUGGGAAACGAACCAGUGAGGCCGCCGACAUCUUGGAGGCACAAUAAUGGAAGGCACUGAUGCAUCAUUAUAUUUGAUGUGGAAGUGAAGGAAUGAAGAUUUUGCAAUGACCUAUUGUGACAGACGCGGCUGUUGGCGCCUAAUCUAGAGUGUUAGUGGCUUAAUAUGGCAAUUCAACUUAUAGUCACUCACCUUUAAUUUAUCUAAUUCAACUUAUGAUAAAUAAUUAUUUUUGGCACUCAAUUUUGUUUUGUCUUUCAAAAGCUACUCAACUUUAUCAAGUUAGCUUUCAUGGUCAUUUUGAUUGAGAAUAUAAUUUUCAUACCUAUUUGAAU